GCGGCGGCAGAUGCAGUGGGACGGACUACUUCCUGUUGGUGGUGGAGGUACAUGAGGUGACUCUCCCAGAUCCGUGCAGGCUGCUGCUCAGUCUGCCCCUGCUGUCACCAUGGCGUUUGUACCCACGCCCAGUCCCACUGUGGUGGACCAGACCACACUCAUGAAGAAGUACCUGCAGUUUGUGGCAGCUCUCACCGAUGCUAACACACCUGAUGAAACCAAGCUGAAGAUGAUGCAGGAGGUCAGCGAGAACUUCGAGAAUGUAACCUCUUCACCUCAGUACUCCACUUUCUUGGAACACAUCAUUCCUCGCUUCCUGACGUUUCUUCAGGACGGAGAAGUUCAAUUUCUGCAGGAGAAACCCACACAGCAACUAAGAAAACUGGUUCUGGAAAUCAUCCAUCGCAUUCCAACGAACGAGCACCUGCGCUCCCACACCAAGAACAUUUUAUCCGUCAUGUUUCGCUUUCUGGAGAUUGAAAGUGAGGAAAAUGUUCUGAUUUGCCUCCGGAUCAUCAUUGAACUGCAUAAGCAGUUCCGACCUCCGAUCUCGCAGGAGAUCCAUCACUUUCUGGACUUUGUGAAGCAGAUUUACAAAGACCUUCCAAAAGUGGUGGCGCGGUACUUUGAGAACCCUCAGGUCAUCGCUGAGAACACGGUACCCUCACCAGAAAUGGUGGGGAUGAUCACAUCCGUCCUGGUCAAGACUGCACCUGAGAGGGAAGACAGCGAGACGCGAACGCACACCAUCAUUCCUAGGGGGUCCCUGUCUCUGAAGGUUCUGGCAGAACUGCCCAUAAUAGUGGUGCUGAUGUAUCAGCUGUAUAAACUGAACAUCCACAACGUGGUGUCAGAGUUUGUUCCCCUCAUCAUGAACACCAUCAUGCUCCAGGUGUCUCCUCAGGCCAGGCAUCACAAAUUAUUCAACAAGGAGCUGUAUGCUGACUUUAUCGCUGCCCAGAUCAAGACCCUGUCCUUCCUGGCUUACAUCAUCCGCAUCUACCAGGACCUGGUGGGGAAAUACUCCCAACAGCUGGUGAAGGGGAUGCUGCAGCUCCUCUCCAACUGCCCCUCUGAAACCGCACACCUCCGCAAGGAGCUGCUGAUCGCGGCCAAACACAUCCUGACCACCGACCUGCGCAGCCAGUUUAUUCCCUGUAUGGACAAACUUUUUGAUGAAUCCAUCCUGAUCGGCUCUGGUUACACGGCGCGGGAGACUCUUAGGCCUUUGGCUUACAGCACCCUGGCAGAUCUGGUGCAUCACGUCCGGCAGAACCUCCCCCUCACUGAUUUAUCCCUGGCCGUCCAGCUCUUCGCUAAGAACAUCGAUGACGAGUCGCUCCCCAGCAACAUUCAGACCAUGUCCUGCAAGCUGCUGCUUAACCUGGUGGACUGCAUCCGCUCCAAAUCGGAGCAGGAGAACGGAAACGGGCGGGACAUUCUCAUGAGGAUGCUGGAGGUAUUUGUGCUGAAGUUUCACACCAUUGCACGCUACCAGCUGGUUUCCAUCUUUAAAAAGUGCAAACCUCAGUCAGAGAUGGGUGUGGUCGACCCCGGCGUGUUACCAGGCGUACCGGCCACGCCCACUCCUUCCACAACUCCUGCCCUUCCGCCCCCCGCCCCUCCAACACCAGUGGCCCCCACGGCUCCUCCCCCUGCGACGCCCUUCGACCGACCCGGAGAGAAGGAAGACAAGCAGACCUUUCAGGUGUCGGACUGCCGUAGUCUGGUUAAGACCUUGGUUUGUGGUGUGAAGACGAUAACUUGGGGAAUUACGUCUUGCAAAGCUCCCGGAGAAGCUCAGUUCAUCCCUAACAAGCAGCUCCAGCCGAAGGAGACCCAGAUCUACAUUAAACUGGUUAAAUACGCCAUGCAGGCCUUGGACAUCUACCAGGUCCAAGUGGCCAACAACCAGCAGACGUACAUCCGAGUGGCCAACUGCCAGACCGUCCGCAUGAAGGAGGAGAAGGAGGUUCUGGAGCACUUCGCCGGGGUCUUCACCAUGAUGAACCCUCUGACAUUCAAGGAGAUCUUCCAGACCACCGUGCCGUACAUGGUGGAGAGGAUUUCCAAGAACUAUGCUUUACAGAUUGUGGCGAACUCUUUUCUAGCCAACGUGUCGACCUCGGCCCUGUUCGCCACCAUUUUAGUGGAGUAUCUUCUUGAAAGGCUGCCAGAAAUGGGCUCCAACGUUGAGCUCUCCAACCUUUACCUGAAGCUCUUCAAACUGGUGUUUGGUUCAGUCUCUUUGUUUGCUGCUGAGAACGAACAGAUGCUGAAGCCACACCUCCAUAAGAUAGUGAACAGCUCCAUGGAGCUGGCUCAGUCCGCCAAGGAGCCAUACAACUACUUCCUGCUGCUCCGUGCUCUUUUCCGCUCCAUUGGUGGAGGGAGCCAUGACCUUCUCUACCAGGAGUUUCUGCCUCUUCUUCCUAAUCUUCUGCAAGGUCUCAACAUGCUUCAGAGCGGCCUCCACAAGCAGCACAUGAAGGACCUAUUUGUAGAGCUGUGUUUGACGGUUCCGGUCCGCCUCAGCUCCUUGCUGCCCUACUUACCCAUGCUAAUGGACCCGUUGGUGUCGGCGCUCAACGGCUCCCAGACUCUGGUCAGCCAGGGGCUCCGAACUCUGGAGCUGUGCGUGGACAACCUGCAACCUGACUUCCUCUAUGAUCACAUCCAGCCUGUCAGGGCGGAGCUCAUGCAGGCCCUGUGGCGAACUCUCCGUAACCCUGCAGAAAGCAUUUCCCACGUAGCGUACCGGGUCUUGGGCAAGUUUGGAGGCAGCAACAGGAAGAUGCUGAAGGAGUCUCAGAGGCUGCAUUAUGUGGUAACAGAGGUCCAGGGUCCCAGCAUUAAGGUGGAAUUCACUGACUGCAAAGCGUCCAUACAGCUCCCCAUGGAGAAGGCUAUAGAAACGGCUCUAGACUGUCUGAAGAGUGCCAACACUGAGCCUUACUACAGAAGACAGGCCUGGGAGGUCAUCAAGUGUUUCCUGGUGGCCAUGACAAGCCUGGACGACAAUAAACACGCUCUCUACCAGCUGCUGUCCCAUCCCAAUUUCACAGAGAAGUGGAUUCCCAAUGUCAUCAUUUCCCACCGCUACAAGGCACAGGACACUCCGGCCCGUAGAACCUUUGAGCAGGCGUUGACCGGAGCCUUCAUGUCCGCUGUGAUAAAGGACCUGAGGCCCAGUGCGCUGCCCUUCGUAGCCAGCCUGAUUCGCCAUUACACCAUGGUUGCUGUGGCUCAGCAGUGCGGGCCUUUCCUGCUGCCAUGUUACCAGCUGGGCAGCCAGCCCAGCACCGCCAUGUUCCACAGCGAGGAGAACGGUUCUAAGGGCAUGGAUCCACUGGUUCUCAUCGAUGCUAUAGCCAUCUGCAUGGCCUACGAGGAGAAGGAGCUGUGUAAGAUCGGAGAGGUUGCUCUGGCCGUCAUCUUUGACGUGGCCAGCAUCAUCCUUGGCUCCAAGGAGAGGGCUUGCCAGCUGCCCUUGUUCUCCUACAUUGUGGAGCGUCUGUGUGCCUGCUGCUACGAGCAGGCGUGGUACGCCAAGCUCGGCGGAGUGGUGUCCAUUAAGUUUCUGAUGGAGAGACUGCCUCUGAUCUGGGUCCUGCAGAACCAGCUCACUUUUCUCAAAGCCCUUCUGUUUGUCAUGAUGGACCUGACUGGAGAGGUGUCGAACGGAGCUGUCGCCAUGGCGAAGACCACCUUGGAGCAGCUGCUGGUGCGCUGUGCCACACCCCUGAAGGAUGAGGAGAAGACUGAGGAGCUGCUGGCUGCCCAGGAUAAAUCCUUCCACAUGGUGACCCACGACCUGGUCCGGGAGGUCACCUCCCCCAACUCCACCGUCAGGAAGCAGGCCAUGCACUCCCUGCAGGUGUUGGCCCAGGUCACUGGCAAGAGCGUCACCGUCAUCAUGGAGCCCCACAAAGAGGUUUUACAAGACAUGGUUCCUCCGAAGAAGCACCUGCUCCGCCACCAGCCGGCUAACGCCCAGAUUGGCCUGAUGGAGGGAAACACCUUCUGCACCACCCUGCAGCCGCGCCUCUUUACAAUGGACCUGAAUGUCAUGGAGCAUAAGGUUUUCUACACGGAGCUCCUGAACCUGUGCGAGGCAGAGGAUGCCGCUCUGAUGAAGCUGCCCUGUUACAAGAGCCUGCCCUCUCUGGUUCCGCUCCGCAUCGCUGCCCUCAAUGCUCUGGCAGCCUGUAACUACUUACCUCAGUCCAGGGAGAAGAUCAUCGCUGCUCUGUUUAAAGCUUUGAACUCUACCAACAAUGAGCUGCAGGAGGCUGGUGAAGCAUGCAUGAGGAAGUUCCUGGAAGGUGCGACUAUCGAGGUCGACCAGAUCCACACUCACAUGCGCCCUCUGCUGAUGAUGCUGGGCGACUACCGCAGCCUGACACUCAACGUGGUCAAUCGCCUGACCUCCGUCACGCGCCUCUUCCCUAACUCCUUCAACGACAAGUUCUGCGACCAGAUGAUGCAACACCUUCGAAAAUGGAUGGAAGUGGUUGUGAUAACGCACAAAGGUGGCCAGCGGAGUGACGGCAGUCCUGCGUUGGAGGGUGUUGAGGAGAUGAAGAUCUGCUCGGCCAUCAUAAACCUUUUCCAUCUCAUCCCGGCUGCACCUCAGACGCUAGUCAAACCGCUCCUGGAGGUGGUCAUGAAGACGGAGAGGGCGAUGCUCAUUGAGGCUGGCAGCCCAUUCAGAGAGCCUCUGAUCAAGUUCCUGACCCGCCACCCAUCCCAGACGGUGGAGCUGUUCAUGAUGGAAGCCACUCUGAACGACCCUCAGUGGAGCCGCAUGUUCAUGAGUUUUCUGAAACACAAAGAUGCUAAACCUCUCAGAGACGUUUUGGCCUCUAAUCCCAACCGCUUCGUUCCCCUGCUGGUCCCUGCUGGUACUGCGGCUACCGUUCGACCUGGAUCCCCUUCCACCGCCACAGCCAGACUGGACCUGCAGUUCCAGGCCAUCAAGAUCAUCAGCAUCAUUGUGAAGAACGAUGAGGGUUGGCUUGCAGGGCAACACUCCCUGGUCAGCCAGCUUCGCCGAGUCUGGGUCAGCGAGGCUUUCCAGGAAAGACAUCGCAAAGACAACAUGGCCGCCACCAACUGGAAGGAGCCCAAACUGCUGGCUUACUGCUUGUUGAGCUACUGCAAGCGUAACUACUCUGAGAUUGAGCUGCUGUUCCAGCUGGUGCGAGCUUUUACGGGUCGUUUCCUCUGCAACAUGACUUUCCUGAAGGAGUACAUGGAGGAGGAAAUUCCCAAAAACUACUCCAUUCCCCAGAAGCGAGCUUUGUUCUUCCGCUUUGUGGAGUUUAACGACCCUCAUUUUAACGACGAGCUGAAAGCAAAGGUUUUGCAGCACAUCCUGAACCCGGCCUUCCUGCACAGCUUUGAGAAAGGGGAGGGGGAGCAGCUUCUAGGACCACCCAACCCUGAGGGAGACAACCCAGAAAGCAUCACCAGUGUCUUCAUCACCAAGGUUUUGGACCCGGAGAAGCAGGCCGACCUGUUGGACUCUCUUAGAAUCUGCCUCUUGCAGUUCUCCACCCUGCUGGUGGAGCACGCGCCUCACCACAUACACGACAACAAUAAGUCACGCAACAGCAAGCUGCGGCGCCUCAUGACGUUCGCCUGGCCGUGUCUGCUGCCUAAAGCCUGCGUGGACCCCGCCUGUAAAUACAGCGGACACCUGCUGCUGGCCCACAUCAUUGCAAAGUUCGCCAUUCAUAAGAAGAUCGUCCUGCAGGUCUUCCACAGCCUUCUGAAGGCUCACACCAUGGAGGCCCGCGCCAUCGUCCGCCAGGCCAUGGCCAUCCUGACCCCCGCUGUGCCCGCUCGCAUGGAGGACGGCCACCAGAUGCUGACCCACUGGACCCGCAAGAUCAUCGUGGAGGAAGGCCACACCGUGCCGCAGCUGGUCCACAUUCUGCAUCUGAUAGUGCAGCACUUCAGGGUGUACUACCCGGUCCGCCACCACCUGGUGCAGCACAUGAUCAGCGCCAUGCAGCGUCUGGGCUUCACGCCCAGCGUCACCAUAGAGCAGCGCAAGCUAGCUGUGGACUUGGCCGAGGUGGUUAUUAAGUGGGAACUGCAGAGAAUCAAAGACCAGCAGCCGGAGUCGGAGUCUGAAGCGGUGGCUGGCGAGGGAAGUAGCGGUGGUGCUGUGAAGAGAGGACUGUCUCUGGAUACUGCCGGUACCAGCCAGGAUGUCAAACGGUUCCGUGCAGCAGCCGGCACCGCUUCCACGGUGUUUGGACGCAGCCAGUCCAUGCCAGGAACGGAGACCAUGCUCACCAAGCCCGUGGAGAAACAACACACAGACACAGUGGUCAACUUCCUGAUCAGGAUAGCAUGCCAGGUGAAUGACAGCACCAACGUGGCCGGGUCUCCGGGGGAAUUGCUGUCCCGCCGCUGCGUUAACCUGAUGAAAACUGCCCUCAGGCCUGACAUGUGGCCUCGCGCUGAGCUCAAGCUGCAGUGGUUUGACAAGCUGCUAAUGACAGUGGAGCAGCCAGCCCAGGCUAACAUCUCCAACAUCUGCACCGGGCUGGAGAUUCUCUGCUUCCUGUUGACUGUCCUGCAGUCCUCGGCCAUCCUGGCCCACUUCAAGCCCCUUCAGAAGGGCAUCGCUGCCUGCAUGUCCUGUGGAAACACCAAAAUCCUGCGGGCCGUCCACUCGCUGCUUUCUCGCCUCAUGAGCAUCUUUCCUACAGAACCAAGCACAUCUAAUGUGGCUUCCAAAUACGAGGAGCUGGAUGCGCUCUACGCCGCUGUUGGCAAAGUCAUCUACGAAGGACUGACCAACUAUGAGAAGGCCACCAGCAACACUAACCCUACACAUCUGUUCGGAACUCUGAUGAUCCUGAAGUCGGCCUGCAGCUACAACGCCAGCUAUAUUGACCGCCUCAUCUCGGUCUUCAUGCGCUCGCUCCAGAAGAUGGUUCGGGAGCACCUGAGCCCCCAGCAGGCUAACCCAGCAGUCACUGAAACCAGCACUGUGACGAGCGAGUUGGUAAUGCUGAGUCUUGACCUGGUGAAAACCCGAUUGUCUGUCAUGAGCAUGGAGAUGAGGAAGAACUUCAUUCAGGUCAUCCUGGCGUCUCUGAUCGAGAAAUCCCCUGACCCCAAAAUCCUUCGUGCCGUGGUCAAGAUCGUUGAGGAGUGGGUGAAGAACAACUCUCCUAUGGCCGCCAACCAGAUGCCGAACCUGCGUGAGAAGUCCAUCCUGCUGGUGAAGAUGAUGACCUACAUAGAGAAACGUUUCCCCGAUGAACUUGAGUUAAAUGCUCAGUUCCUGGACCUCGUUAAUUAUGUCUACAGAGAUGAGAGCCUUUCAGGAAGUGACAUCACGUCCAAGCUGGAGCCAGCCUUCCUAUCAGGGCUUCGCUGCCCCCAGCCGGUGAUCAGGGCCAAGUUCUUUGAGGUGUUCGAUGCGUCCAUGAAGCGCCGUGUCUAUGAGAGGCUGCUCUAUAUCUGCUGUUCUCAGAACUGGGAGGCCAUGGGCAGCCACUUCUGGAUCAAACAGUGCAUAGAGCUGCUGCUGGCUGUUUGUGAACGAAACACCAUCAUCGGAACCAGCUGCCAGGGGUCCAUGCUGCCGUCCAUCACCAACGUCAUCAACUUGGCCGACAGCCACGACCGCGCAGCCUUUGCCAUGGCAACGCAUGUCAAGCAGGAGCCUCGUGAACGGGAGAACAGCGAGACUAAAGAGGAGGAGGUGGAGAUCGACAUUGAGCUGGCCCCCGGUGACCAGACAGCCAUUCCCAAGACCAAGGAGCAGGCGGAAAGAGACGCAGGCAACCAGCUCCACAUGCUGACCAACCGACAUGACAAGUUCCUGGACUCAUUACGGGAGGUCAAGACUGGAGCUCUUCUCAAUGCCCUCGUGCAGCUCUGUCACAUCUCCACUCCGCUGGCUGAAAGGAGCUGGGUGCAGCUUUUCCCUCGCCUCUGGAAGAUCCUCUCUGACCGGCAGCAGCAUGCUUUGUCUGGUGAAAUGAGCCCUUUCCUGUGCAGCGGCAGCCACCAGGCCCAGAGGGACUGCCAGCCCAGCGCCCUGAACUGCUUUGUUGAAGCUACGUCGCAGUGUGUGCCUCCCAUCCCCAUCCGGCCCUGUGUGCUGAAGUACCUGGGCAAAACCCACAACCUGUGGCUGCGCUCCACCCUCAUGCUGGAGCAGCAAGCCUUUGAAAAGGGCCUGAGUUUGCACAGCAAACCCAAGCAGAGCGCAGAGUUUUACGAGCAGGAGAGCAUCACUCCACCUCAGCAGGAGAUUCUGGACUCUCUAGCAGAGCUCUACUCUUUGCUCCAGGAAGAGGACAUGUGGGCUGGCUUAUGGCAGAAGAGAUGCAAGUUUCCUGAGACAGCCACAGCCAUCGCCUAUGAGCAGCACGGCUUCUUUGAGCAGGCUCAGGAGAGCUAUGAGAAGGCCAUGGAGAAGGCUAGGAAAGAGCAUGAAAGGAGCAACGUUUCUCCAGCCAUUUUCCCUGAGUACCAGCUGUGGGAGGACCACUGGAUACGCUGUUCCAAAGAGCUAAACCAGUGGGAGUCCUUGACUGAAUACGGUCAAUCUAAAGGCCACUCAAACCCAUAUUUAGGGCUUGAAUGUGCGUGGAGGGUCUCUAACUGGAGUGCAAUGAAGGAGGCUUUGGUGCAGGUGGAGCUGAGCUGUCCGAAGGAGAUGGCCUGGAAGGUGAACAUGCACCGCGGCUACCUGGCCAUCUGCAACCCAGAGGAGCAGCAGCUCAACUACAUAGAGAGACUGGUGGAGAUGGCUUCCAGCCUGGCCAUCCGCGAGUGGAGACGGCUGCCGCACAUCGUCUCCCACGUUCACACGCCGCUGCUGCAGGCGGCUCAGCAGAUCAUCGAGCUGCAGGAAGCUGCUCAGAUUAACGCAGGACUUCAGCCCACCAACCUGGGCCGCAACACCAGCCUCCACGACAUGAAGACGGUGGUGAAAACCUGGAGGAAUCGCCUGCCCAUCGUUUCCGACGACCUCUCCCACUGGAGCAGCAUAUUUAUGUGGCGCCAGCACCACUACCAAGCUAUAGUGACGGCGUACGGGACCAACACACAAAAUGACCCUAACAACAACGCCAUGCUGGGAGUUCACGCCUCUGCUUCGGCCAUCAUCCAGUAUGGAAAAAUCGCUCGUAAACAGGGGUUGGUGAACGUGUCUCUGGACAUUCUGAGUCGGAUCCACACCAUCCCUUCGGUUCCCAUUGUGGACUGCUUCCAGAAGAUCAGGCAGCAGGUCAAAUGUUACCUGCAGUUGGCUGCUGUCAUGGGCAAGAAUGAAUGCAUGCAGGGUUUGGAGGUGAUCGAGUCGACCAACCUGAAGUAUUUCACCAAGGAGAUGACUGCGGAGUUCUACGCACUCAAGGGGAUGUUCUUGGCACAGAUCAACAAGUCUGAGGAGGCCAACAAGGCCUUUUCAGCAGCUGUUCAGAUGCACGAUGUCCUGGUGAAGGCCUGGGCCAUGUGGGGGGAUUACCUGGAGAACAUUUUUGUCAAAGAUCGUCAGCUCCACCUGGGUGUUUCUGCCAUUACCUGUUACCUGCACGCCUGCCGCCACCAAAACGAGAGCAAGUCUCGAAAGUAUCUGGCAAAGGUACUUUGGCUGCUCAGCUUUGAUGAUAAGAACACACUGGCAGACGCUGUGGACAAAUACUGUAUUGGAGUGCCGCCUCUUCAGUGGCUGGCCUGGAUUCCCCAGCUUCUGACCUGCUUGGUCGGAUCUGAGGGAAAACCUCUGCUCAACCUCAUCAGCCAGGUGGGACGAGUUUAUCCACAGGCUGUCUACUUCCCCAUCCGCACCCUCUACCUGACGCUUAAGAUCGAGCAGAGAGAGCGCUACAAAAGCGAUUCUUCUGGUCAGCAGCAGCCCAGCUCUGUGGGGGCCCAGCCCCACUCGGGGGGGACCGACCCGGGUCCCAUUCGGGCCACCGCCCCGAUGUGGCGCUGCAGUCGGAUCAUGCACAUGCAGCGGGAGCUGCACCCGACCCUGCUGUCCUCGCUGGAGGGCAUUGUGGACCAGAUGGUCUGGUUCAGAGAGAACUGGCAUGAAGAGGUCUUAAGGCAGCUCCAGCAGGGCCUGGCUAAGUGCUACUCUGUAGCCUUUGAGAAGAGCGGCGCCGUGUCCGAUGCCAAGAUCACCCCACACACCCUCAACUUUGUCAAGAAGCUGGUGAGCACCUUUGGUGUGGGCCUGGAGAACGUCUCCAACGUUUCCACCAUGUUCUCCAGCGCUGCCUCUGAGUCGCUGGCCCGGCGGGCCCAGGCCACAGCUCAGGACCCCGUCUUCCAGAAGAUGAAGGGCCAGUUCACAACAGACUUUGACUUCAGCGUUCCCGGCUCCAUGAAGCUGCACAACCUGAUCUCCAAGCUAAAGAAAUGGAUCAAGAUCUUGGAGGCUAAAACCAAGCAGCUUCCCAAGUUCUUCCUCAUUGAAGAAAAGUGCAGAUUCCUCAGCAACUUUUCAGCACAAACUGCUGAAGUGGAGAUCCCUGGAGAGUUCCUGAUGCCCAAACCCACACACUACUACAUCAAGAUCGCCAGAUUUAUGCCCAGAGUGGAGAUAGUUCAGAAACACAACACAGCAGCACGCCGUCUCUACAUCCGAGGCCACAACGGUAAAAUCUACCCGUACCUGGUGAUGAACGAUGCCUGCCUGACCGAAUCACGCAGAGAGGAGAGGGUCCUCCAGCUCCUGCGCCUCCUGAACCCGUGUCUAGAGAAGAGGAAGGAGACCACCAAGAGGCACCUCUUCUUCACCGUACCACGGGUGGUUGCAGUGUCUCCUCAAAUGCGGCUGGUGGAGGACAACCCGUCCUCGCUGUCGCUUGUGGAAAUCUAUAAACAGCGCUGUGCCAAGAAAGGCAUCGAGCACGAUAAUCCCAUCUCCCGGUACUAUGAUCGGCUGGCGACCGUUCAGGCCAGAGGAACGCAGGCGAGCCACCAGGUUCUGAGGGACAUCCUGAAAGAGGUGCAGGGCAACAUGGUUCCCCGCAGCAUGCUGAAGGAGUGGGCCCUCCACACCUUCCCCAACGCCACCGACUACUGGACCUUCCGCAAGAUGUUCACCAUUCAGCUGGCUCUCAUCGGCCUGGCUGAGUUUAUGCUCCAUCUGAACAGGCUGAACCCUGAGAUGCUGCAGAUAGCUCAGGACACAGGCAAGCUGAAUGUCUCCUACUUCCGCUUUGACAUCAACGACGCCACCGGUGACUUGGACGCUAACCGACCCGUUCCGUUCCGUCUGACACCCAACAUCUCAGAAUUCCUGACCACCAUCGGUGUCUCGGGCCCGCUAACCGCCUCAAUGAUCGCCGUGGCGCGAUGCUUCGCUCAGCCCAACUUCAAGGUGGAUGGAAUCCUGAAGGCUGUGCUUCGUGACGAGAUCAUAGCAUGGCACAAGAAAACCCAGGAGGACACUUCCGUCCCCCUGUCUCCAGCCGGACAGCCAGAGAACAUGGACUCCCAGCAGCUGGUAUCCCUGGUACAGAAGGCGGUAACGGCCAUUAUCACCCGCCUCCACAAUCUGGCUCAGUUCGAGGGAGGGGAGAGUAAGGUCAACACUCUGGUGGCUGCAGCGAACAGUCUGGACAAUCUGUGUCGCAUGGACCCUGCGUGGCACCCGUGGCUCUGAAGGAGGACAAGCCGCGUUCAUUCCUCCUCCUGUAGCGGCUGUUACCUUCUGCUACAGGACGUUACUGCUUUUUCUAAAUGAAUUUCUGCUUCAGUUUUUAUUUAUUUUAUUCAAGUCAUGUCACCUUUAAUGUUUUCAGUUUGGCAGGGAAGCGGAACUCCAACAUGAGCUCUGGAGGAACGUCUGGUUUGGUUUUAAUAUGCACCAAGAAGCAUAUCUUGUAAAAAUGUUUACUUAAGCUUUCCUGGUCAAAUGAGGAAUAUUUUUAAUACAAGUUGAUCUCAAAUGUUGAACCAUUGGAUGACGUCUGAACGUCUACGCUGAUGACGAUGUAAUGAGCCAACACUGAUCAGAGGAAACCUUUUCAGACAAAGUUCUCUCGUCUUGUACAGAAGCAUUUUGUUCUAAUAAAAUGCU